GGUCAGGCUUUUAUGAUUAGCAGUCCCCCUUAGACUCACAAGUUGAUGGUUCAAAGAGACAACAAUUCUUCACAAGAAACAAGGUGCUGUUCAAAGUGGGGAGGCAUGCUGGACACACACACUGUAGAUGUCCAAUGUAUACAAGAUUUGUGUUUUCUACUCUUUUCUGAUUAUUUUCUCCCUACCACUGUGAUUUUAAGGGCAUCAUCCCUCUUCAGACCUAGAAUUACACCUUCCAAUUACUUUUGUGAUGCAUCUGAAAGGUCGUCUCUGAAAUAGCAAAGUGCAGUAAUUAGUCAUUAUAUGUUCAAGGCAAAUUUAUCUUACAGAGUUUUUUGCAGGACCAGGGAAGAAGGAAGGAAAAGCCCAGUUUGAUGCUGGGAGUGGUAAAAUGAUAAAGUAGAUCUGGGUGGGAUUUGCAGCACCAGAGCAUAAUGGGGAAACACCUUGGUUUUAUAAUCAAGACCGGAUCUACCAGUGACUUGCUGAAUAAGCUUUGGUGAUUCCUUUCUCUUCUUGGGCCUCACUGUAUUUCAAAACAUGAAGAAUUUCAUUGUAAUGUUACCUAACAAGUGAGCCAGUACUUCUACUCUGUGAGAAAGUAGGAAAACUCUUGGGACAGUCAGAGGUGAUGUGAUGUAAUGUCCAUUAGUUCUCCCUGUGAAUAAUCCUUGGGGAAAGCCCCCAGGUCCCUCCCAGAAUGGGGUGGAUAUUUCCCAGUACAGCUAAGGAAAUGUCCCUUGUAAAUACCACAGACCCACCCCUGGAGCCAGGCCAAGCUGUACUGCAUAAAGAUUGGUAUGGCCUUAGCUCUUAGCCAAACACCUUCCUGACACCAUGAGGGCCAGCAGCUUCUUGAUCGUGGUGGUGUUCCUCAUCGCUGGGAUGCUGGUUGUAGAGGCAGCUGUCACGGGAGUUCCUGUUAAAGGUCAAGACACUGUCAAAGGCCAUGUUCCGUUCAAUGGACAAGAUCCCGUUAAAGGACAAGUUUCAGUUAAAGGUCAAGAUAGAGUCAAAGGGCAAGAGCCAGUCAAAGGUCCCGUCUCCACUAAGCCUGGCUCCUGCCCCAAUAUCUUGAUCCGGUGUGCCAUGUUGAAUCCCCCUAACCGCUGCUUGAAAGAUACUGACUGCCCAGGAAUCAAGAAGUGCUGUGAAGGCUCUUGCGGGAUGGCCUGUAUGGUUCCCCAGUGAGAUGGAGCCUGUCCUUGCUGCACCUGUGCCAUACCCAGAGCUACAGGCCCCAUCUGGUCCUAGGUCCCUGCUGCCCUUCCCCUUCCCACACUGUCCAUUCUUCCUCCCAUUCAGGAUGCCCAAGCCUGGAGCUGCCUGUCUCAUCCACUUUCCAAUAAAGAGUCCCUUCUUCUCCA